CGACUACAACCCCCAUCAUCCUGCAGGGUCAGCCCCAGGGUCCGCCCCAGGUAUGGCUGUAUAUCCUAUGGUGGUGACAUUGUGAGACCCUCCCUUUGGUCAUGUCUUCUCCUCCAGGCAGGAUGUGUGAGGUCCCCUGUAGAGGAGGAGGUGGUUGGAUCAGCUGAUGGCGAGGACGCCCUAUAGAUGACCGUUGGUGGCUCAUGUAGAUGAGCUCCUCAGGAGGCGUCUGCGGUCUCGGACCAGAAUGUCAGCACCCACAGAGAUUUACUGAAUAUUAUGAAGGGUUGAGGUGCGUUCCGCAUCUCCGAGUUCUGUGAAGACCGAACAUCCAAAGACAACUGAUAGAGGUACCUCAGGUGUAUGACAGAUGAAGUCAGACAAUGGUCCUUUACAUCUAUGACCCACCACAGAUGGCCAGGGCCCGGCACCGCAUGACAGCGAGCAUAUUAGACCUCACCCUAGAGAUAAUCGAGCUGAUCACUGGAGAGGAUUACACCCUAGUGAAGAAGUCGUCUGGUGAGUGUGUGGCCCUCCAUGAGUCAGGAUGGUGGGGUAAGACCCCCAUUACAGAGCCUCCCACUUGCCCCCUGAUACAUGAGCAGAAGAUCCUAGGACUCACCCACAAGAUGAUGGAGCUGCUGACUGGAGAGGUUCCUGUAAGGUGUCAGGAUGUCACCGUCUUUUUCUCCAUGGAGGAGUGGGAGUAUAUAGAAGGACAUAAGGACCUGUACAAGAAUGUUAGAAUGGAGAAUAAUCCACAAAAGAUGGAGAAGGACCGGCACCGCAUGACAGCGAGGAUAUUGGACCUGACCCUAGAGAUAAUCGAGCUGAUCACUGGAGAGGAUUACACCCUAGUGAAGAAGUCGUCUGGUGAGUGUGUGUUAGGAGAGCAGAGCAGGACCCCCAUCACAGAGGAUCCGCCUCAACCCCUGAUACAUGAGCAGAAGAUCCUAGGACUCACCAGCAAGAUCACUGAGCUGCUGACUGGAGAGGUCCCUGUAAGGUGUCAGGAUGUCGCUGUCUAUUUCUCCAUGAAGGAGUGGAAGUAUAUAGAAGGACAUGAGGACCUGUACGUGGACGCCAUGAGGGAGGACCACCGGCCCCUCACAUCACAGGAUUACUCCAGUCGGAGAACUCCACCAGAAAGAUGUCCCCGUCCUCUAUAUUCCCAGGAUUGUCUGAAAGAAAAGCAAAGUAUCCCACUGGAUCAUCAGGGAACUUCUGAUGGAACAACCAGGGGACUGGAUAAGCCCACCGCCGUGUCAGUGAAUGGUGAAGACUGCAGAAGAGGCUCCCAUGGACAUUUCCUUUCAUCUCCCUAUUGUGAAGUUGAAGAUAAUCAAUUCCAAAUUGGCAAAAAAAGACCUAGACAUAAACUGGGGAAAAAUUUUACAUGUUCUGACUGUGGCAAACAAUUUAGAAAGAAAUCAAAUCUUACCCUACAUGAGAGAAUUCACAUAGGUGAAAGGCCAUUUUCGUGCUCGGAAUGUGGAAAAUCUUUUACUAGGAAGGCAGUUCUUGCUGAACACCAGGCACUUCAUACAGGGGAGAAACCAUUUUCAUGUUCAGAAUGUGGGAAAUCUUUUGUAAGGAAAUCUCAUCUCGUCGUACAUCAGAGAAUCCACACAGGAGAGAAGCCAUAUUCAUGCUCAGAGUGUAGAAAAGGUUUUAUUCGUAAAGAUUCUCUUGAAAGACAUCAAAGAAUCCACACAGGAGAGAAGCCAUUUCCAUGCCCAGAAUGUGUAAAGUGUUUUACCAAUAAAUCAAAUCUUACUGAACAUCUGAGAAUUCACACAGGAGAAAAGCCAUUUUCAUGUUCAGAAUGUGGAAAAUGCUUUAUGCGUAAAGAUUCUCUUGUGGAACAUCUUAGAAUUCACACAGGGCCUCAUCCACAUUCACAUCCUGAACCAGGGAGCUGUUUUAGUCAGAAUUCAGGUCUUGAGUGCUUAGAGAAGCCCUUUUCAUGUUCAGACUGUGGGAAAUGCUUUAAAAAGAAGUAUAAUCUUUCCAUGCAUGAGAGAAUUCACAUUAAUAAGAGACCAUUUUCAUGUUCAGAAUGUGGGAAGUCUUUUACUAGGAAAUCACAUCUCCAUGGACAUCAAAUAACUCACACAGAAGAGAAGACAUUUUCAUGCCUGGAAUGUGGGAAGUGGUUUAAGCUUAAACAUCAUCUUGAGAGACAUCAAGGAACUCACACAGGGGAGAAGCCAUAUUCAUGUUCAGAAUGUGGGAAAUGUUUUACACAGAAAUCAGAUCUGGGAAAACAUCAGAGAAUUCACACAGGAGAUAAUCGAACAGUAGAUAAACCAUUUUCAUGUCCGGACUGUGGGAAAUGUUUUAGUCAGAAAUCAGGUCUUAUGCAACAUCUAAGAAGUCACACAGGGGAGAAGCCAUUUUCAUGUUCACAGUGUGGGAAAUGUUUUACUAGAAAAUCACAUCUUGUUGAACAUGGGAGAAUUCACACAGGAAAUAAACCAUGUUCACACCUAAAAUGUGGAAAGUGGUGUAAGCAUAAACAUUAUCUUGAGAGACAUUUUGGAAUUGACACCAGGAAGAAGCUAUUUUCAUGCUCAGAAUGUGGGAGAUGUUUUAACAGGAAAUCACGUUUUAUUGCACAUCAGAGAAUCCACUCGGGAGAGAAGCCAUAUUCAUGUUCAGAAUGUGGAAGAUGUUUUAGCCAGAAAUCAAGUCUCACUGAACAUCUGAAAACUCACACAGGGGAGAAGCCAUUUUCAUGUUCAGAGUGUGGGAAAUGUUAUAGGCGGAAAUUGGGUCUUAUGAAACAUCUAAGAAUUCACACAGGGGAGAAGCUGUUUUUAUCUUCCGAUUGUGGGAAAUGUUUUAGCCAGCAAUCUGGUCUUAUUAUACGUGAGAGAAGUCACACAGGAGAGAAGCCAUUCUCAUGUCUGGAUUGUGGAAAGUGCUUUAUGCUUAAAGAUUCCCUUGUGGAACAUCUAAGAACUCACACAGAAGAUAAACCAUUUUCAUGUUCGGAAUGUGGGAAAUGCUUUAUGCUUAAAGGUCAUCUUGAGAGACAUCAGAGAAUUCACACAGGGGAAAAACUAUUUUCAUGCACGGAAUGUGGACAGUGCUUUGCCCAUAAAACAACUCUUGUUGAACAUCAGAGAAUUCACACAUGGGAAUAGCGGUUUCAUGGACUGAAGGUGGGACAUAUUUUACCAAAAAAAUUAGGCCUUGUGGAGCAUAAGAGAAGUUACACAGAGGAGAAGCCAGUGUCAUAUCCUGAAAGUGGAAAAUAUUUUACCCAGAAGUUGGAUCAUGUUAAACAUCAAAGAUCUUGCACAAAAGAGAAGCCACUUUAAUAUUGAGAUGAUAUCUUGUGGUGUAUGACUUAAAGGGGUUAUCCUGAAAAAGAUGAGGAUGACCCAUCCUCAGGAUAGGUCAUCAUUAUCACAUGGGGCAGGGGUCCAAGUCCCGACACUCCUACCAAUCAGCUGUUUCAGGGAGCCGCUGCGCUCACCAGAGCUCUGGUAAGCGACGCAGGCUCCCAGGAGCUUCCAAGCACAGCUCUGUACAUAGUAUAGUGGCCGUGCUUGGUAUUGCAGCUCAGCCCUGUUCUCUUCAGUAGGGCUGGGCUGUAAAUAAGCCAUGUGACCCAUGUACAGUAAUGUCACAGGCCUAGGAAGAGGCUACAGUUCUCAAGGCCUCUAACAGCCCA